GACCCCGCCUUUAUCGUCCCUUUUUUUAUGUCCUUCUUCCUUCGCAUGGAAGAAAGGAAGAACGAACUUCACAAUAAAGCGGUGCGUCUCGUAUCAUAGAGAAAGAGAGAGAGAGAGAGAGAGUGUUAGAAUUAAUCAAUCGAGGAAGAAUGGCGCUGCAGUGGAUGGUCCUGGCGUGGGUGGUAGCGGUGGAGGCGGCGGUGGCGGUGUUGGUGACCCUCCCGGCCCCGAGGCUCGUCAAGUCUCGGAUCGUCGCCCUCGUCUCCCUUCUCCUCCAGCCCCUCACCGCUGUCCUCCCUUUCGCCGCCUUCCAGCUCUUGGAUAUACACUGGAAGAACGAGCACCGGCUGAUUUGCGCCGGCGACGUCUGCACCACGGACGAGAGGAUCCGAUACGAGAAAUCUAUCUUCAAAGCUCAAAGGAAUGUUAUUCUGUGUGUAUUGGCAUGUCUCCUUUAUUGGUGUAUAUACCGUUUUUGCAAAUAUAAUAAGGAGAUAAAGGAAUUGGAAGAAGUUGAGAACCGUCUCAAAGAGCAGUAGCUUUUAUAAUCCAGAUCAAUAAUGGCCAAGCUAUGUAGAGGUGAAACUGGCAGUGCACUCUUUGAGAUUCUGUUAACGAUCAUACCUCUGGUAGAUUUGGACUCCGUCCAUCAGUUUGAAGAUCUUGAGGAUCACGACUAAAUGAAUUUUCAUGAUAGUAGGGUUAAUGAAGAUAUGGACGCUUGCUAUUUUCUGCAGCCAGUGGUUAGUCUUUCUCAGAAAACAGUCCCUCCCUUCUUGUCUGCAUUACUUCCUAAAUAGAUUAUACAAGAUCUGAGGAUCCGAACUUUGAAAAGAGAAUCUUGUUUCAUCAUUCCUGGACCAGCUAACAUAGGUGACAUCAUUUCUGUGCUUGGAGUCUUUCAAACUUAUUUCUUCUCAGAAUAGUAUAAGCUAUAGUUUGUGGUCGAUGUUGUCCUCCUUGAUAUGUGCUUACCUUGUACAACAUAUCAUAUGUCUCAUUACUUUCUAUUGCCAAGUGAGCAUGUUACUAACCA